AUGGAGAUCAAUCAUUCCCUUGUACCGAGUUGUUUCCGCUUCAAACCCACCGAUAAGGAACUCAUCGGUCGCUUCCUCCGCUACUUCUUGGUGGAGACCCCGCGGCUACUGCCCCCGCCGCCGCACCACACCUUCAUGCACAAGUGCAACCUCUUUGGCAACCACUCAGAACCCUCUGAGAUUUGGGAGGCCUUUGGAGGAGGAGGAGCACUUCAACUUGCUGCUCCGGAUCAACCCGCCUUGUAUUUCUUCUCUGAGCUCAUGAAAAAAACCCCCAAUGGUUCGAAAAUCGUUCGGAAGAUGGGAAGAUACGGAGGUAAAUGGGACGGCAAGGCAGUCCCCGCAUGGGUUGAGGGGACUGACGCGACAUCUACCUCUAUUGGACUAAAAAGAACCUUCUGCUACAAGAAUGAAGGCUCGGAGGACCAUGGCGCGUGGUUACUAGACGAAUACAGUCUCUUUGCGGCCCCAAGGAAGCGCAAGAGCCAUACAAGUUACGAUUUUGAUUACGUGCUUUGUCGAUUGAGGAAGACGUCCGACAUUAACAAGAGAAAGUGCCCGACAUCAUCAUCAUCAGAGGAUGAUCAAGUCACCGCUUUGAAGAAGAACGGCAUUAACAAGAGAAAUUGUCCGACUUCAUCAUCAUCAGAGGAUCAAGUGACCACUUCGAACGAGAGGAAUAAGAAGAUGCGCGCAAACGAAGAGAUCAAAAGUGAUGAUGAUAAAGAAUUACCUCAGCCAGCAGAUUCUGGAAUUGCUGCACGUGGAGCUGUAGAAGAGAAUGCUUGGGAUCCAAGUUUAUUAGAGAAAUAUUUGCUUGAAACCCAUGAAGAGGAACCUUUGAAUCCAAGUUUCUACAACGAAUGGAUUGCUGCAGAUGGAGGAGUACAAUAA